GCUCCACUACAGUCAGUCAGAUCCAGAGGAGGAUCGAGGCGGUUUAGGAGGUAUCUGUUGAAUUAAAUAAAUAAUAAACAUAUCAGUUAUUUAUUUUAUAAUGGAAACGAAGGAGAAGGAGAAAGCAGCGCUCUGGGAUGUAAAUGAAAGCUCAGCCUGUUCUGCACACAGCAACAGAAACAACAAUAACAACAACAACAAAAAUAAAAACAAGGACAGUGAAGGAACAUCGACAGGGACAUCUGCCAUUGAUGUGAGCACUACAGAGAGCAGCGCGACUCGGAACGGAACCGCAAUGCCCACGACAGCCGGAGGACCUAACGGGAAAUGGGUUCGACUCAAUGUCGGUGGUACCGUGUUCCUAACGACGCGCCAGACCCUCCUCAAGGAACAAACGUCCUUCCUGUACCGCCUGUGCCAACAGCAGGACCUCCAUUCUGACACGGAUGAAACCGGUGCCUACGUAAUUGACAGAGACCCCACAUAUUUUGGCCCUAUUCUCAACUACCUUCGACAUGGGAAACUGGUUUAUAACAAGGAACUGGCAGAGGAAGGUGUCUUGGAGGAGGCAGAGUUUUACAACAUCACUCCACUGAUUAAAUUAAUUAAAGAGAGGAUUCUAGAACGAGACUGCAAAGCUUCUCAGCAGGUCCCUCCGAAGCAUGUAUACAGGGUGCUGCAGUGUCAAGAGGAGGAGCUGACGCAAAUGGUCUCCACCAUGUCCGAUGGCUGGAAGUUUGAGCAGAUGGUGAACAUUGGCUCUUCUUACAGCUAUGGCACAGAGGAUCAGGCUGAGUUCCUCUGUGUUGUGUCCAAAGAGCUGCACACAUCUGGCGGGGGCUUGGGGCCUGAGCAGAACCACAAGACUAAGCUCUUCCAGAUUCACGGCUCCCGGAUGUAGAGGGUACAGUCUUUUAGCUCUUCAUUUUGUCCAGUUCUAAUUCUAUAUUUCCAUUAUUACCUUUUGGCACACUGAAUUUUCACUUUUGAAGACCAAUUGUAAAUAUUAUACAUAUCACAACCAGCAACACAAAGACAACGGAACUAUAAAACUGUGUGUAAAGGACAUGUAAAUGAAAGCGUUUUGUAGCUGGAAAAGUAUUAGUGCUCAAGCAAAAGAAGUGUACUCAUCUUACUAACCUGUGACCAAAGAGUGAUCAACUGUGGUGUAAAACAG